AUGGCGAAGAAGGGUUUGCGAGGGCGCAUCGGAGUUCUCUCCGCUCGCUUUCGGGAGGAAGACGGCUUCUUCUUCCUCGCCGAAGGCUUUAAGGUGAUGCUCGUGGCGGUGCUCGUGGUCUUUACUCUCUGCUCGCUCCUGUCAGUCGGCGCUCGUUUCUCGCGCAGCUCUUUCUUGGAGAUGGCAAUGGACCAGUACCUGCUGCACAAAAUAGAUCCCACCAGCGCUCAAGGCCUCGCGCUGGCGCUCGUCGUCUCCGAGCACGCGAAGGUCGCCGCCACCAGGGAACUGCUCUUCCUCACUAUCUCCCUCCUCACGUCGUGGACGACUUCCAUGGCGGCGUACUACUUCCUCUUUGCCGCCUCCCUCGACGAGACGGAGCCGGAUCCCUGCCGGGGAAGAUGGACGGGGUUUCUCUCCACUCUCCGCUGCGCGGCGACGGUGACGGUGGCCUACGGCUUCCUCCUCGAGGCGGCGGCCCUCAUCUUUCUGGAGGUCGCCGGCAAUUCCGCGGCGUUCCUCGCGGCGGCGGUUCUCGUGGCCUCCGUCUUCCGGUUCCUGUCCUUCACCGUGGGCACGGUCUUGGGACAGGCCCUGGCAAUGUCCGCCCUCGACGACGAAGAAUGCGGCGGCGGAAUGGAAGCUCUCCGGCGGCCCGUCCGGCUUCUCCUCGGCGGUUCGCCGGCGAUGGAUCUUGAGCUUCUCCUGGUUUGA